AUGUCCUCAUAUUAUUAUCUAGGUGAGGCUUGGAGUGUUCAUUUCUCGCCGGAUGGCCAACGCUUUGCUGUCAGCACUCACCAAGGAAUGAUAAAACUUUAUGACACCGGUAUAUAUGGUUCGAAUACAGCCGAACAAGCUACAUACACGUCCGAAGGAAAGUCUACGGAUGGAAAAGUAAAAUUGUGGGAUAUAGGGUCCAGACAAUGUUUAUCCACUGUUGGUGAGCACAAAGAUCAGUCUGAAGACCAUAAGUACACCGUUUACCAUAAGCUCUUUAACCAACCCACGUAUUCCAAACGUGGCGUUCUGGUUCUGACGCCAACUCGAAAGGUCGCAAAGUAUAUAAGUUCUAUCGACACAAUACCUAUUCAAGAUUUCACAGGUGGAACGUCUUCGGAUUCUCUCUACUUGAUAAAAAUAGUCAACGAACAGAAUCCAACGAAAGUCUUGAAAUCCUUUACCAAGAUGUGCCUACUAGAAGCGUCUAAUUUUGAAGAUGAAAUAGUAGUUCAUUUGGACAAGUAUAACAACGUGCAAGAUGAACAACGCUAUUUGUUACUUGUCGAAAAUCUGCUCAAGUCCGGUUCUUAUUAUUUCUCCUAUACAUACGAUUUGACGAACACCUUACAAAGACAAUCUCGAUUGAAAGAUUCGACCUUUCCGCAUUUAUGGCAAAGGGCAGAUGAUCGAUUUUUCUGGAACCGCCAUUUGCAAUCUAAAUUGAUAGACUUCACCCUUAAUAAUCCCGAACAAGACGUAAGGACGCGUUACUUUUCACGUGGAAUUGACGCCGAAGGAAAUGUUUCCAACUUCAACGAGACGGAACAAAUAAUUUUGUUAGACCCUAUUAAGAACAGUCACGCUGGUAUCUCAUUUGAGGGUAAAAUUAAGCUGUCAUACGUGCAAACGCGUGGUUCUAUCCCAAUUCAUUGGGCUCAAGUCAAUGACAUAAAAUAUACGCCAAAACUGCAGAUCAUGACCCUUCCCAAUACGAGUGACGCCACUCGUAAGCAUUUUGACGAGCAAACCAAAAUUUAUGGCAAACAAAUCUUGGUGAAUCUUGUUAAUAAGAAGGGAUCUGAAUACCGCGUGGCUGAAGGAUACGACAAAGCUGUCACACGACUAAAUGAUUCCAGGAUAUCUUAUUAUCACUUCGACUUUCAUCACGAAUGCCGCGAAAUGAAAUGGGACCGAAUUCAAAUAUUGAUUGAUUUAAUUGAAGAAGAUUUAAUACAACAAGGAUAUUACUACUCAGAAGAAUUAAACGGAUUGAACAUACUCAGACUACAGACGUCAGUGGUUCGCACCAACUGUAUGGAUUGCCUCGACCGCACAAAUGUUGUUCAAUCCACUUUGGCCAAGUGGAUGCUGACGCAACAGCUGCGGGAAGUUGGCGUACUAAGUAAUAAAGAGAGAAUCGAAGAAAUUAUUUGGGCCGACAAUGCUGACGCGAUUAGUUUUCCAUAUUCUGGAACUGGUGCACAGAAAACAGACUUUACCAG